AUGUCAAAAUUCCUAGCUAUAUCAUAUUCCAAAGGAUCAAGCAAUUUCGUUCAAUCGAAUUGUACACUUGUAAAUUGCAGAACCGCAACAAGAAUGAAACAAGAAAGAAAACAGAAAGGAACGAAGGGAAGAAAAUUUGUCAGAAUUUAUGGUAUCGCAGGUAUUAUAGAAUUUAUGGCAUUGCAGGAAGAAGGAGGAAACGAGCCGACCUUUCAGGAAGCAUUGAUCAAUUCUCAUCAUACAUUCUAUAGUGGACUUGAGCGCAUUUUAUCUGGAACGAAACAAUGA